AUGGGCAAUCACACCACUGUGAGCACCUUCCUUCUGUGGGGCUUUUCCAGUUUCCCAGACCUGCAGACUCUGCUCUUUGUGACGAUUCUCUUCUCCCACGCUACCAUCCUUGCUGCAAAUGCGUCUGUAAUGGUGGCCAUCAAGUGCACGCACAACCUUCACACCCCCCUCAACUGCUUCAUCAUGUCUGCCAUGUCCUAUGACCGUUACACUGCCAUCCGCAACCCGCUGCACUACGCCACCCUGAUGACCCCAAAGGUCUGCUUCCAGCUGAUGACGGCCUCUUGGGUGCUUGGGUUCCUGGUUUCUCUGUGCAUUGUCGUCAUCAUAUUCAACCUGUCUUUCUGUGACUCCAACGUCAUCCAGCACUUCUUUUGUGACAUCUCACCUGUGAUGUGCCUUGCUUGUGACUAUACUCUCUACCAUGAAAUGGCUGUAUUUGUGUUCUCCGCCUUUGUGUUGGGGGGCAGCUUUAUCCUAAUUAUGAUUUCCUACAUCUUCAUUGGGUCCGUAGUUAUGAAGGUGCCUUCUGCCAAGGGGAGGUGUAAAGCCUUCUCCACCUGCUCCUCCCACCUGACCGUGGUGUGCAUACACUAUGCAUUUGCUGGCUUUGUCUAUCUGAGGCCCAAGGACAGGGACUCCGUCCGUGAAGAUAUGCUGAUGGCUGUGGCAUACACAAUACUGACACCUCUGCUUAAUCCCAUUGUUUACAGUCUAAGAAACAAAGAAAUGCAGCGGCCCUCAGUGCUCUCGGCUGCUCGUGGCCAUGCUCUAAGCAAACGGGCAGCAGCCUGGGCUCACUGGGGACACCGGACUGUUUCCAUUACUGCCGGUGACAGAGAAGGACAGAGUGUCCAGUUCUGGGUUCAGGACACAAAACUGUCUGUGUCCACAGAGACGUGCCACAUUCUCUACUAUCAGCUCUUCAUUCGUACAGUAAGAACUGUAAGGGUGCCACCUCCCUCCCCGCACCUGGAUGACCCGAUUAUUUGA